AAUACUCUCUCUCUCUCUUUCUUUCCUCCUCUCUUUUCUUAUUUAUUUAUUACUUUAUACCCCUAAAACGUGUGCUCCUAUUUUUUCCACUAAUAUAUAUAUUAUGACUUUAACCAUGUUUCAUUCUAUGCCUCAUCAUUCUAAUUCCACCAUGACGGACGAGUUCUACAAUAUGCGCAAACAGCAUAAACACAACAAGUACAGUCUUGUCACCAAGACUCGUCGAGGUAUGAGACCUAUGCGUACCACUACCAAAAGAAGAAUCAGAUACAGCAGUAGUGUAUCCUCUUCCUCUACUGUCUGUAGUGCAACAUCCAGUCUAUUUGAAUUUGGACCAAAAAAAAGAUUUUACGCACUUAUUUCCACACGAAAUUUCUUUUCAAAUUAUGGCCCACCUUGAUUUAGAAAGCCUGUGUGAAAUAGCCAAAGUCUCCAAAGCCUGGUAUUUUCUCUCCAAGUCCAACGAAAUUUGGCGUCAACAAUGCAGUAUUUGGAAUUUAAGCUUUCGACCUUCCUAUCAACUGGAUUACUACCACAUAUACAAACAGCAUUAUUUAUUAAAACAACGUUGGGAUUACGGUAGAGUUGCUACUCAUUAUCUCAUUGGACAUAUCGAUAGUGUCUACUGUCUCCAGUUCGACUCUUCUAAAAUUGUCACCGGCAGUCGAGAUCGCACCAUCAAAUUCUGGAACUUGGAGACUUAUCAGUGUACACAAACCUUGGUAGGCCAUGAGGGUAGUGUCUUGUGUCUCGAGUACAAUGACCGCAUUAUGGUGUCGGGUUCAUCAGAUACAACCAUCAUUGUGUGGAAUAUGAAGACAUGUCAACCCAUCAUGCGUCUGCGUGGUCAUACAGCAGGUGUGCUGGAUGUUUGCUUUAAUGAACAGGUCAUUAUUAGUUGCUCCAAAGAUAGAACGAUUCGUAUUUGGGAUAUCAAUAAUGGUCAAUUAUUAAACACCAUUAUGGCUCAUCGAGGCCCUGUGAAUGCCAUUCAAUUGUUUGAGAAUAAGCUGGUGUCGGCUUCGGGAGAUGCUUUUAUCAAGAUGUGGGAUAUUACCACAGGUGAAUGCUUGCGUCAAUUUGAGGGUCAUACACGAGGUUUAGCGUGCGUUCGUUAUGACGGACAUCGUAUUGUGAGUGGGUCCAAUGAUAAAACAAUCAAGGUGUGGAAUCCAGAGACUGGUGAAUGCAUCAUGUCGUGUGAAGGACACACUGAUCUGGUGCGUACCUUGAACUUUGAUGAAAAUCGUAUAGUCAGUGCCAGUUAUGAUCAAAGUAUUCGAGUUUGGGAUAUAAAGACGGGUGCAUGCUUACUCAACUUUCAAAGCGGACAUACUAGCUGGGUAUUUGAUGUUCAUUUCGACUCCACGCGAAUUGUCAGUGCUAGUCAAGAUCAAAGAGUACUCGUGAUGGAUUUCACUUUUGGUUUAGACACCCAAUACUUUUAAACAACACAUACACAAACAAAAAAAAAGCAUUUUUUAAAUCUUUCCCUUUAAUAAUAUACCAUCUUUUUUUUAUUCUUCUGUAAAUAUAAGCUAAAACCCUUCUUCUUUUCCAAAUGGACAUGUUUUUCAUGGGUUAUUCCCAAUAAUCAAAAAAUUCAUUUCCCUUUCGAUCAAACCCAGCAGUGAACAAUAAGAAGCUACACAUGACCUAUUUAUCUGUC